AUGGACUACAAGUACAGUCCCCCAGGAAACACGCCUGAGCUCGUCACUGAUAUGUUUGCCGACUUAGACAACUACGAUAGCGCCACCAUGCAGCAAUUUCUAUAUUACCUAUCCUCCCGACAACGCGCCGCAGGGACUGCUUAUGCUCACAUGUUUGCCGAUUUAGACAUGAACCAACGGGCGGAAUUUCUUAAAAUUUUCUACGAAGAGAUUGUUUGGCACACCACCCUUUUCGGAUUCGCCGCAACUCGUUUCCCGAAGAUUAAUCCAGGAGAAGCCCAUCGAGAGCUGGUGACCCUCCUCACCGUCCUCAAGCAGGGUGACCCGAUGCAAAUUCUUGCCGCCUGCAAGCCAUCCCAUGCCCGAGUCCCCGACCGCAUUUUGGCACACUACGAAUGCAAUUGGUGGAGACCCUUUGAUCCAUCCAAGAACUGGGACGCCAGCAACGUGUCGUUCAUCGCCCGAACGUUUCGUCACCAAAGGCAUUUCCUACUCCCGCUCGAUCCGCUCCCUCUUCCCAGCAACCGUCUCUCCGACCUCAGCCACAAGCAACUGGUCGCUUGCGCUGAAUCAAUCGAGCAAUGUGCAAGCUUGGUGAAGAAAGAUACGCAAAUCACCGCCCGCGAGAUCGCCAAAGCGGUCAACUUGUAUUGUCGCUGGAAGGCUUUGCUGGUGAAAUCCCGGAUUGAGGAUGACCGCCGUCGCCACGAGGCCCGAUUGCAGGGCUUGAGUGAGCAGGGCCUGAGCAAGGCGGUGUUGGAGGAUAUCUUGGCGUGGGCAAAUCAACGAAAGCACGUGACCCGCCCCUGA